AUGGAGGACCAGCUCCACCACACGGAGCGUGGAGGACCAGCUCCACCACACGGAGCGUGGAGGACCAGCGCCACCACACGGAGCGUGGAGGACCAGCUCCACCACACGGAGCGUGGAGGACCAGCUCCACCACACGGAGCGUGGAGGACCAGCUCCACCACACGGAGCGUGGAGGACCAGCUCCACCACACGGAGCGUGGAGGACCAGCUCCACCACACGGAGCGUGGAGGACCAGCUCCACCACACGGAGCGUGGAGGACCAGCUCCACCACACGGAGCGUGGAGGACCAGCUCCACCACACGGAGCGUGGAGGACCAGCUCCACCACACGGAGCCAGUAA